UUUAAUAGGAGUCUUAUUGUUUGCUUUUUAUUAGAUGCAAGAAGAGAACUUGCUAUCCCCAACAGAGUCUGUAGAAUUUGGCUUGCCAAAAAUGCCUACUCAUUUGACGGAUCCAUUUAAAUAUAUUUGCUAUUUUGAAUAUUUGUGAGAAAGUAGAACUAGAAAAUGGUUGAUAAGGGAUGUCACUUCCUUCUAAAUGAUUACAGUCCUAUAAUGACUAUAACAAAUAUCAUACUGGGUUUGCUACUAUCUAUUGCUUGUAUUCUUUUGUUCUUAAAAAAUAAAACCUACUCAAAACUACCCUGGUAGUCAGUGAAGUUCAAAUUACCUUUGCUGGCUUACAUGCAGCAAUUCCUCACAUUCAGUAUUUGGCUCUAGCCCUGUACACGUUGUACCACUGCAGGACUGUAUCUCUUAGGUUUAGGAAUUCAGAUCCCAGUCUUCUAUAUAAGAGCUGUAAUGGAAGAAAUCAGAUUUUUUUUUUCCAGGAACCAUACAAAAUAUGAUCUGUUUCAAAUUUUCUGAUCUGUUAAUACCACUGUAAGUGGAUAAAGAUAGGGUAUCUCAAAUAACUCCUUACUUAUGUACUGAAGUAAAUAAACUAAAUCACAGCUUGUAAUGUGAAUAUUGCUGAUUAUGUGUAAACCUGAUUGGGGAAGCAAAUAUAGCAUUAGAUUUGAGCACCAAAGUAAAAUUCAAUUAUUUUAAUUGAAGUUCCUGCUUUAAACUGAUAAAAUUAAACUGAUACAACUAUCAGUUGACAGUGUUGGAGUAAUCUUGCUUAGCUUGUAUUGGUUUAGUUCCUAUCCUUGGCUUUCAACAGAUUUGAUCCAAUUUAUUUGGUUCAGUAACUUUAACUAAUGCAAGGUACGUGUCUAGUCCAAUCUGACAUCAAAUUGCUAAGCAUUAUAAAUCUAAUCAUCCAGGAUGAAAAAGCAGCCUGUAAUGAAGGCUCCCUUCUAGGGACGUGGAUUGGUGAGGAUGCUAUUCCCUGCACACCUGGAGUAGUAAAAGCGCGAGCUAGGACAAAGUUGUGUUGUACAAGAGAUCUUAAAACAAAAAGUCCUGAAGAGGAGCUCAUGAAGUUGGCCAAGGAAUUUGAUAAAAAUCUGGUAGAGCUAGAUGCUGUUCAUGAACAAGAGAAGCUUAGUCAUGGCUUUAUCCAGACUGCCUCUGAGUCUUUAAAUAAUCACAAAACUGAACUAAAUAUCAAGAAUGUGAAAUCACUCCCCGGUGAAGUUUCUGCAACAGGUACUGCUCUGUCUCUGAAACCAGUUGGAGAAAGCACUGGCAUCCCUACAGUAGAGCCUUGUCAGUCUAGCAGUCAAAAGUCUAUAGACCUUGAGGCUGAAAUAGCCCUUCAUGCUCUUUUUGAUUGUUCUACCCAGAAGUGUAGUGGGCAGUUAAGCCAAGGUCUGUCAGGUAUUUCUCUAAAUAACAGUUUCUGUGAAAACAAAAGUAUCUUGGAGGUUGACCGCCUUCCCGAACAAAUUAAAAAUGUGCAGAAUGGUAGAUCAAGUGCCUGCCAAAAAGAUACCCUACAUGCACUAGGAAGUGUGAAACAGACUUUUCCAAAAACUGAUGCUCACACGUUGACAAAAAAAAAUUCUUCUUUGAAGACAGAAUUGGUGGUCUCCAGUAAGCCUGCUGGAGUAGUUAAUGAUGAUUUUGAUGACUGGGAUACAGAUUUUUUGGCAGAUGACUCUUUUGUGAUGCAAAUAACCCAAAAUCCCGAGUUGAUAAAUAUUGAAGAAGCUCCACCAAUUCCUAUAAAUCCAUCUGUGCAGGGUUUCAGUGAUGCCAGCAGAACAAAGGAAAGAAGUAAUCCUAAUUCAGUAAUUUGUUUGGAGAGCGUACCCACAUCUAACAGUUUCCAGUUUUCACCUUUGAAGCAUCCUAGCAAAAAUGCACAAAAUGUUGCAAAAUCUCUUUCUUUACAAAAACCACAUAAUAAGAUGGAAAACUCAAAGAUGGUAAGCGUGGAUUCUGCUUGCAGGAGCGCUCCCAACAAUGAUUUUAACUCUAUUCCUGUUUCAAUGCAAUCUCAAGUGAAGAAUGGAAAUGGAACUGUUGAGGCUAAAGGUAACCUUGCUCCUGUUUUUCCUUCAAGAUCUAAUCCUCGUAGACCACAGACUGAAAAGCCUGGGAAUAACACACACCUUAUUUUCUGUGAAUCAACCAGUACGUCUACCAAUACGAAACCUAAUGACCUAAUCAAAGCCGUUAACCAAGUCAGUACAGGUCGCUUAAAUCCAGCUGAAAUACCAAAGAAAUGUACUCUGUCAUUUGAUGACUGGAAUGAACCAAAAUUCUCUGAAGAGGUUUUAGACAUGUUUUGUGAAUCUGAUAGUCUUUGGGAUCCAAACUAUGAAGACGAUGAAUUAUUAUAUCAAGCGUGUGACGAUAUAGAAAAGCAGACCCAGAACCAGGAUGUUAAACAAGGAAGCGAAAGAGCUAAAACUAUACAAGGAGCCAGUAUUCAAUCCAGAUCAAAUGCUGAUAGUGGCUUUGCAGCAUCUAAACAAGGGCUAUGUGAUCAGCCCUUGGCACAACAAAGAAAUGCACAAGAGGAUGGUCAUUCACUAGACAGCUCCUGUAGGAACUUCUCAAGGGUUACGCAUGGGCUUACUACAACAGGGCACGUAGCGAACUGUAAAAAUGUAUUGAGUCCUCUAACGGUGACCUCUGGUACUUCAGUGGAGAGUAAAUACACACUGUCAAAAAACUGUCAUCAAGCUGCUUCUGAAGAUACUAGAAGGAAUACUUCAGGAAAAAGGUACAGGCCAAAUUCUGUGCCAGCAAGAGAGACUAGUUCUGAACCAAGCCCAGCUAAUGCAAUAAAUGUUUUUUGUAGCAAAUCAUUAGAGAGCCAAGAUCUUUUGUAUAAUGCAGGAAAGAUGCCAAGUAACAGUUCCGGUAACAGAAUGUCACUUGUGCCUUCUAAGUUUAAGUUUCGAAAGACCAGCAGUUCUCAGAGUGGUCUUCAUGUAGGGCCUGAAAAUCCAGAGAGUCAUUCUGGCAUUGGAAUUACACUUCAGGGUUUGGAAGGAAAUAAGAGUCAGGUGAAUGCGACCUUGCACAGCAAGCCUGAAAAUACAAAACCACCUUUCAAGAGGCACCUUUCAGAAUCUUUUGCAUUGCCUACAACAGUGUCUAUGGUGGAACAGAAACACAGAAAAUGUUCUCAAGAAGAAAUUGAAAGAAAAAAACAAGAAGCUCUUGCACGAAGAAAAUCCAGAAUGCAGGCAUUCUGAAAAGAUGCUUCAGUUUGACUGGAGUUAUUAAGUUCUUGAGAGGGAAAUAUUGUGAUGAUGGAAUACAUUUUAAACUGUGCUCAUGGUUGCUGCCAGCAAGCUUUUCUUAUUUCUCAGUUUAAAAAAAUAUCUUUAUCCUGAACCAUAACUAAUAUUCUGGUGGUAUUUAGUCUUAACUAAAACAUACCUGUGGGAAGUGUGUGGUCCCAAACUGUCUUCAACACAAUUAAUUUCAAGGCUUAUCGAGUUCCGAUUCUGUUACGCAUUGAAGUUACAUGCUCUAAAAAUCACGACCAUAUGAAAAAAAUUGUGUACACUAAUAAGUAAGAGGCUUCAAGAAUGGACUGUAUGUAUUUUGGCUGUAUUUCUUUUAUUGGCAAUAUUUUAAACUAAAGGACGACACUCAAGCACACACAGACAAAGCAAUACUUACGUUUGCUCUCAUGUGCAAUUUCUGAAGUUUUGGGUUCAAAUAAGUGCAAAGUAGAAAACAUCCAAUAUUGGGGAAACUAAUAGAAAUGGAUAGGUUUUGGAAACCUUGAUUGGUUUGUCUGUUACCUUAGGCAAAAAUUAUGCGUGGUGAAGAAACAGUUUAAUAUACAAGUUUCAUAAGGUGAAAUAACAUCAUGGAAAGGGCACUUUUGUUUUUAAUUUCCUCCAUAAAGAGAUGAAAUUAUCCUACCUAAUAAAAUUAGACCGCGUUUUUCUAAACAUGCAUUACAGGCUAAUUAGAAAAGGAAGCCUUGUCGUUGUACCAAACCAUAAGCAAUACAAAAUGCACCAGGUGAAAUGUCACUAACUGGGAAUGAGUUUAGCGUUGUGGUUAUACAUAUUUUUCAAACUAAAGUCUGUUAAAACAUAAUAAUGCGAUGUCAUGUCAGCUUAGCAGGGGCUGAUAGAAUUCUCAAUGUGAUAGAUGGGUGCAGAGCUCAAACUGCAAAAAGUGCCUGUGGGUAAGCUGUGAGAUAUUUUUUUAACUGAGGGAUGCUUAAAUGCAAACAUGUGACACUAUGAAAAGUGACUGUGAUUUUUCUUUGUAAAUAACUAAGUUUGAAAUGUACCAAAGGUCAGAUGAAGCUUUUGGUUGCUGUUAAAUGUACCAUUUUUGUAACUGUUGAAAAUGUAAGUAUUGUAUAUUUAUAAAUGGUCAUUAAACUUUUUAUAUAUAUAUAUA